CCCUUCCUCGGCUUGGAGGGGCCUGACGCCACGAGGCGCUCGACCUCUCAUUUGCCUUCGCUCCACCUUCUCCAGAGUCCAGUCUCCUCCGGGCGGAGCAAGGGUGAGAGAGUUUGCCCGGCCGGAAAGCAGCACGCCGCCCCGCGGCGUUUUACGACUUCUUCGGUGACAGGCGCUGGGAACAUCCGGUCUCCUCAGCACCCCGGGGAAGAGCCAGCGUUAUGUUCGGUGCCGGGGACGAGGACGACACUGACUUCCUCUCGCCUAGCGGCGGUGCCAGAUUGGCCUCUCUUUUUGGACUGGAUCAGGCAGCUGCUGGCCAUGGAAAUGAAUUCUUCCAGUAUACAGCCCCAAAACAGCCUAAGAAGGGCCAGGGAACAACAGCAACAGGUAUGCAUUGCCAAGUGCAACAGCACCUCCUCCUUGGAAGCAGUGCUGUCUCAGGACCUCGUUGUGGCAGAGGGCUCUGCAGUAGAAGUGGGAGAUUCUUUGGAAGUGGCCUACACUGGCUGGCUUUUUCAGAAUCAUGUUCUGGGCCAGGUUUUUGACUCCACUGCUAACAAAGAUAAGCUGCUUCGCCUGAAAUUAGGAUCAGGAAAAGUUAUCAAGGCCUGGGAGGAUGGAAUGCUGGGCAUGAAGAAAGGAGGAAAGCGGUUGCUCAUUGUCCCUCCAGCCUGUACAGCUGGCUCUGAAGGCUUAGUAGGCUGGACUCAAUCAACGGACUCUAUCCUGGUGUUCGAGGUGGAAGUUAAGCGGGUGAAGUUUGCCAGAGAUUCUGGCUGUGAUGGGCAUGGUGUUAAUUCCCGGGACUCUGCAGCCCCUUCUCCCACACCUGGUGCUGACAGCCAUGCUGCGGAUCCUUUUGUGUCACCACCCACGUCAGUGCCUUUCAGAUCAGGAGAACCAGCUCUUCGAGCCAAGUCUAACUCCCUGAAUGAACAGCUUACAGUGAACUCAAGUCCUGAUACUGCCAAGGCCAAGUUGAUCUCUCGGAUGGCUAAAAUGGGCCAGCCCAUGCUGCCCAUCCUUCCACCACAGCUGGAUUCCAAUGACUCAGAAACUGAAGAUGUGAAUGCUCUUCGAGGACCUGGGCAGCCCCUGGUGGUGCCACCUACCCAGCCCUCUCUUCAGCGAGCCACCCAUCCAGUGUUACCACAGAUGUCCUCACAAGCACCUCAGCCAUCUGUUUCUCAGCUCCAAGCACUCACUGAUGCCUUGGUGCAAGUUGCAUCUCUUGAUUCCCAUUCAGCUGUGUCUGGAAAUACCCAGUCCUUUCAGGAAAGCGCAAGGCAUAAAGAAAGACAAGAAGAUUUUGUAGGUACCGGUAGCUUGGCUCCCCCUCAGCCCUAUGCAGUUAUGCAAGCCUACACGUAUCCUCAGGCAUCCUCAGUAACCUCACAGCUGCAGUCUGUUCGGCCGUUGUACCCAGCACCACUGUCCCAGCCUCCCCAUUUUCAAGGAUCAGGUGACAUGGCUUCAUUUCUCAUGACUGAAGCCCGUCAACACAACACUGAAGUUCGAAUGGCAGUCAGCAAAGUGGCUGAUAAAAUGGAUCAUCUUAUGACUAAGUUUGAAGAAUUACAGAAGCAUAGUGCUGGCAAUUCUAUGCUUAUGCCUAGCAUGUCAGUUACUAUGGAAACGAGCCUGAUUAUGAGCAACAUCCAGCGAAUCAUUCAGGAAAAUGAAAGAUUAAAGCAAGAGAUCCUUGAGAAGAGUAGUCGGAUAGAAGAACAGAAUGACAAGAUUAGUGAGCUAAUUGAACGGAAUCAGAGGUAUGUUGAGCAGAGUAACCUGAUGUUGGAGAAGAGGAACAACUCACUUCAAACAGCCACAGAAAACACACAGGCAAGAGUAUUGCAUGCUGAACAAGAGAAGGCGAAGGUGACAGAGGAGCUAGCAGCAUCUACUGCACAGGUCUCUCACCUGCAGCUGAAAGUGACAGCUCAGCAGAAGAAGGAAACAGAGCUGCAGAUGCAGCUUACAGAAAGCCUGGAGAAAACAGAUCUUCUCAGAGGCCAGCUCGUCAAGCUGCAGACAGAGCUCUCAGAGCUUCAAGAAACCUCUGAGCAAGCACAGUCCAAAUUAAAAAAUGAAAAGCAGGGCCGGAGGCAGCUGGAACUCAAGAUGACCGCUCUGGAGGAAGAACUGUCAGAUCUUCGAGCUGAGAAGGAGUCCCUGGAAAAGAACCUCUCAGAAAGGAAGAAGAAGUCAGCUCAAGAGCGCUGCCAGGCUGAGGAGGAGAUGGAUGAGAUCCGCAAGUCGUACCAGGAGGAACUGGACAAACUUCGACAGCUCUUGAAAAAGACUCGUGUGUCCACAGACCAAGCAGCUGCAGAGCAGCUGUCUCUCGUGCAGGCUGAGCUGCAGACCCACUGGGAAGCAAAGUGCGAGCAUCUGUUGGCCUCGGCCAAGGAUGCGCAUCUGCAGCAGUACCAGGAGGUGUGCGCGGAGAGGGAUGCCCACCAGCAGAAGCUGACAUACCUUCAGGAAAAGUGUUUAGCCCUCCAAGCCCAAGUCACAGCCCUCACAGAACAAAAUGAACAGCACAUCAAGGAACUAGAGAACAAACACCAGAGAUCUGGAGUUGAAGCUGCUGACCCCUCAGAGAAGGUCAAGAAGAUCAUGAAUCAGGUGUUCCAGUCACUACGGGGAGAGUUUGAGCUGGAGGAAUCGUAUGAUGGCAGAACCAUUCUGGGGACCAUCAUGAGUACAAUCAAGAUGGUGACUUUGCAGCUGUUGAACCAGCAGGCACAAGAACAUGAAGAGAGCAGCAGUGAGGAAGAGGAGCAGCCUCAGAGACCAUCCCAGGAGCAGUCAGGCUCAGCCACUCCUGAGCUGUCCCUAGCAACCCUGGGUACGGAGAGACAGGAGGCCCCAGUGGUGCCAUUGCAGCAGGUGGUUGAAGAGGCUGUCUCGUUACCUCCACAAGUGCUCAGCAUGCCCCAGGAUGGGGUACAGAGAAGGGAAGGGGUGCCCUUAGAAGCAGAGGUUCUCUCAGAGGUCAAAGAUGAUUACCUCCCACCUGAAGCAGCUUGCAUCCCAACCCACAGAUUUCCAGGGCCCCCAACUUCAAUUCCCCCUAAGCCUCCAGGUCCUGUAACUAUGGACUCAGAGUAUGAGGAGACACUUGCUGCUUCCGUGACUGCAGCCAAGCUUGACAACCCACUGGGAAAGGUGCAUGUUGGGGAAAUAGCUCCAGAGGGUCCCCUACAAGAAAGCUCUUGGACACUGUCACUGACUCCAGACCCAGAGAAGGAGGACCCACCAGCGUUGGAGCCUGAAAGCCUGGGAGGAGAGCCCCAAGUCCCAGAGCUCAAAGGAUAUGAGGCUGUUACUGGUUCUUCUGGCUCUUUCAAAGCAUCAUCAAGCACAGAGGCCAGUACUCCGGCUGUAGAGGCUGCCCUCAGACCCAAUCACCAUUAUCAGCAUUCCAGUUGUUCUGGAAAUGAAGAGGAAAAAUGCUUUAAAGGAGCAAUUUUUAGACUUCCAAGGCCCAAAGGACAGCCUGUGGAGGAGGAUGAAGACGAGGUGAGCAUGAAGGGACAUCCGCCCCCAACGCCCCUUUUUGGAGAUGAUGAUGAUGACGCUGACGCUGACUGGCUGGGGUGAAGGCCGGGGAGCCUGUGCACAGAGCUCUCUACAGCCCUUCCCAAUAAGCAUGAUUUUGCACAGCCAGCCCUGGGUCUAGGCAAGCCACAGGGUGAGGUCAAGGUGAGCAGUUCAGCUACCUGAGUUUGGCCUCUUGGGAGCCCUCACCUGACUUGGUGAAGAGGAUCAGGACUCUGUCUUCAGAGCUGGUGUUUGGAGCAGUCCACUAUGGCAAGGUCCAUGUGGAGGAAGGGCUGUGAGGUUCCUCUCCAGCCCGUCACCCACAAGGGUCCUGCCCUCUUUCAAGCUUUUUCUUCUCUUCAUUCACUCUCAGACUGACCUGAGAGCCCAGCUUCAUCUGUCAGAGCCUUGCUGUGUCCAAGCAACAAGACCUGUCUCCCGGGUGGGGGGUCUUCCAGGAGAACCACAGGGAGAUCACAUCAUCUCUAUCCCUGUUCAGUCAGCAGCCUGCCUGCUGUCCUAGGAUGUAUUUUUUUCUCUGCCUUAAGUCUUACACGUGAGGUCAAUGAGUAUUUGAAAUUAACAAAACUAAAAUAAAUGACUAAUGAAACUUGA